AUGGCGGCCGACCUCUAUAACGGAACUAUUUCAGAUAGGACACAUCCUCUGAAAAUAUUCGAUGCUGCCAAGAGCCAGGAUAGAUUUCUGAACGUCUCAGCUCCUAUGCUCGCUUUCCGUCAAACCGUCCACGAAUACGGCACCGAUCUCUGCUGGACACCCAUGAUCCUGUCGAAGGAGUUCAAUCGCAACAACUUUGCCCGUGAUAGUGAUCUCACAAUAUCUACUCGUGGAGUACAGCCCCCCACGAUAGUUCAGUUUGGCGCAAACAGCCCUCUUGAGCUCGCCCGCUCAUCAUCUCUUGCCGCCCCUUUUAUCAACGGUGUCGACCUCAACUGCGGGUGCCCUCAGUCAUGGGCUUGUGCAGAGACCCUUGGUGCCGCUCUCAUGGAGCAGCGCGAGCUCGUGCGAGACAUGGUCAUUGAGACUCGUCAACGCUUAGCUAGUGAUGGCUGGCAUGUUGGUAAGGAGCGGGAUAUCGACAGUCCAAAGGGGAGGAGCGUCAGCGUCAAGAUCCGUGUGCACAAGGACUUGAGGAAGACGAUGGACUUCAUCGACACCGUCAUUGGCAACCCCCUGAACCGCAACAUCGACUUCUUGACGAUCCACCCCCGUACCCGUCACACGGCGUCCACUACCCCUAUUAACACCGAAUCUCUUGGUACUCUCCUCGAGAAGUACGGCGAUACGCUCCCAAUUCUCCUAUCCGGCGAUGUCUUCUCCAUGGCAACAUUGCCUCUCUCAACAGUUUCCAAAGCCCCAGAAGAACCUUCAGGACCCACAACGAUCAACGACCACAAUGGCUACACAGACUUCACCCCCAGUGGCACCAAGCUAGCAGGUCUCAUGUCUGCCCGGGGUAUCCUCGCAAACCCUGCUCUUUACGCCGGAUUCGAGUCUUGUCAGUGGGAGGCUGUCGAAUGCUUCAUGCGCCAUGUCGUCCGCGCCCCGAUGCCAGUGAAGCUCGUUCAGCAUCACCUCCACGAGAUGUGCGGACCAGGUAUGGGUCCCGACAAGCGUGCUUUGCUGAAUCGACAGGAGAGAGCAACACUACUCGCUCUAGACAAUAUGGUGGACGUGAUGGAUUUCUUGGAUGAUGCAAUCAAUCGUAAGACGGGCAGGACGGAAGGACUUCAUCGAGAGCCGAGACGUAGCUCAACAAUUCCUAUACCGUGGCCUGCUACCCUCUCAGUUUGCAGCAAUGUUUGA